AGGGUCCCGCCCCGUCGCCCGGUCUGCGGCGGGGUGGGGGUCUGCUGUUUGCCCCGGAAGUGGCUGUCUUCGGUUGACAGCUGUUAGUAAGGUGGCGGCGGCAGCAGGCCGGGAGCAAGAUGGCGCUGCGGCCGGGGACCGGAGCUGGCGGCGGCGGCGGGGCCACGGGAGCUGGCGCCGGGGCCGCCGGGGGAGGCAGCUUCAUGUUUCCAGUUGCAGGUGGACUAAGACCCCCUCAAGCAGGUCUGAUGCCAAUGCAGCAACAAGGAUUUCCUAUGGUCUCUGUCAUGCAGCCUAAUAUGCAAGGCAUGAUAGGAAUGAAUUACAGCUCUCAAAUGUCCCAAGGACCUAUUGCUAUGCAGGCAGGGAUACCAAUGGGACCAGUGCCAGCGGCAGGAAUGCCUUACCUGGGACAAGCGCCAUUCCUGGGGAUGCGUCCUCCAGGCCCACAAUACACUCCAGACAUGCAGAAGCAGUUUGCCGAAGAGCAGCAAAAACGAUUUGAACAGCAGCAAAAGCUCUUAGAAGAAGAAAGAAAGAGGCGUCAGUUUGAAGAACAGAAACAAAAGCUCAGACUUCUGAGUAGUGUGAAACCCAAGAUAGGAGAGAAGAGCAGAGACGAUGCUUUGGAAGCCAUAAAAGGAAACUUGGAUGGGUUUUCCAGAGAUGCUAAGAUGCACCCUACCCCAGCAUCACACCCUAAGAAACCAGAUUAUCCCACAUCAUCUCAUUCUAAAACUGUCUCCCCAUCACCUGCCUUUCUUGAUGAAGAAGAAUUCAGUGACUUUAUGCAGGGGCCUGUUGAAGUUCCCACAUGUGGGCCUUCUUCCACUUCCCAGCCCUUUCAGUCUUUCCAUCCCACCACCCCACUUGGCCAGUUGCAUACACAGAAGGCUGGAGCACAGCCUCUCCCUCCAGGCCCUUCUUUGGAGGAGAAGCUCCUAGUAUCUUGUGAUAUAAGUACAUCUGGGCAGGAACAACUUAAAUUAAAUGCUUCUGAAGUUGGGCACAGAGCCCAAGGCCCAGGUUCCAGUAAGAACCAUCCCAGUUUAACGGCCACUAUCAGGGGUGCUGUAGAUGGACGUGUAAGUGGCACCACUACUGCAGAGGCAGAAAAGACUUCUGAACAAAACUUGCCUGUUGAAGAGAGUGGUGUGGGAGUAUUUCCCUCACAGGAUCCUGUGCAGCCCAGAAUGCCUCCUUGGAUUUGCAAUGAGAGUUUGGUUCCAGAUGCCUAUAAGAAAAUUUUAGAAACCACAAUGACUCCAACUGGAAUCGAUACUGCAAAACUUUAUCCCAUUCUGAUGUCAUCUGGACUUCCCAGGGAAACUCUUGGACAGAUAUGGGCCUUAGCUAAUCGAACCACACCUGGCAAACUUACUAAAGAAGAACUUUAUACUGUUCUCGCCAUGAUAGCAGUAACACAGAGGGGUGUUCCUGCCAUAAGUCCUGAUGCUUUAAACCAGUUCCCAGCAGCUCCUGUUCCAACUUUAAGUGGCUUUCCUAUGACUUUGCCUACUGCAGUGAAUCAGCCCACUGGGAUGCCUUCAGGCCCUGCAGGCUCCAUGCCCCUCAACCUCGGACAGCCAGUCAUGGGCAUUAACCUUGUUGGACCAGUGGGGGGAGCUGCAGCCCAGGCUUCCAGUGGCUUCAUGCCAACUUACCCUGCAAAUCAGGUGGUAAAACCAGAAGAAGAUGACUUCCAAGAUUUUCAAGAUGCUUCUAAGCCAGGAUCCCUUGAUGACUCAUUCAGUGAUUUCCAAGAGUUGUCUGCUUCUUCAAAAACAAGUAAUUCCCAGCAUGGAAACAGUGCCCCUUCUUUGUUGAUGCCACUUUCUGGAACUAAAGCAUCAGCUUCAAUGGAUAAAUAUGCUGUGUUCAAAGGAAUUGCAACUGACAAGCCCUCUGAAAAUACUGUUACAUUUGGAGAGCCUGGCGAUAAAUAUAGUGCUUUCAGGGAACUUGAACAGACAGCAGAGAGUAAAUCUUCAGGAGAAAACUUCGCAGAAUUCAGAGCUGCAGGGACUGAUGAUGGUUUCACCGAUUUUAAAACUGCCGACAGUAUAUCACCACUAGAGCCACCAACAAAAGACAAAACUUUCCCAGCCACCUUCCCCUCAGGAGCUAUACAGCAGAAACCACAAGCACAAAUGAAAACUCCUCUGAACUUAGCAGAUUUAGAUAUGUUUUCAUCAGUUAAUUGCAGCAGUGAGAAACUGUUGUCUUUUUCACCUGCAUUUAGUGCAUCAAAAUCUGUUUCUACACGAGCACAGUCAAUAGGAUCGGCUGCAGCCACGCCAGCGUUGGCAGCAACUAAAUCUUCUAGUUUGGCUGAUGAUUUUGGAGAAUUCAACCUUUUUGGGGAAUAUUCUAGUCCAGCAUCUGUUGGGGAGCAGGAUGACUUUGCAGAUUUUAUUGCUUUCAGUAAUAGCUCCGUUUCAUCUGAGCAAAAGGCAGAAGACAAAUAUGAUGCCCUUAAAGAGGAAGCUAGUCCUGUUGCUCUAACCAGCAGCUCAAGCAACAUAGUGAAGAGUGGACAAAACUCAGCUGCUGCGUCCACCAAAUACGAUGUCUUCAAACAGCUUUCUCUGGAAGGAUCUGGGCUAGGCACUGAAGAACUGAAAGAUAACACUCCUUCAGGAAAAAGUGAUGAUGAUUUUGCCGAUUUCCACUCCAGUAAAUUUUCUUCCAUGAACUCAGACAAAUCCCUGGGAGAGAAAGCAGUGGCUUUCAGGCACACCAAAGAAGACUCUGCUUCAGUGAAGUCCUUGGAUCUCCCUUCCAUUGGUGGCAGUAGUGUUGGCAAGGAGGACUCUGAAGAUGCACUCUCUGUGCAGUUUGACAUGAAACUGGCUGAUGUGGGAGGAGAUCUUAAACAUGUCAUGUCUGAUAGCUCUUUGGAUUUACCAACAGUUAGUGGCCAGCAUCCUCCUGCUGCAGAUAUAGAGGACUUAAAAUAUGCUGCUUUUGGAACCUACAGUAGCAAUUUUGCAGUGAGCACACUUACGAGCUAUGACUGGUCAGACAGGGAUGAUGCAUCUCAGGGCAGAAAACUCUCUCCGUUUGUCCUCUCAGCAGGAAGCAGAUCCUCCUCAGCUGCCUCAGUUCUUCAAAAGAAAGAGACUUCGUUUGGCAGUUCUGAAAACAUCACCAUGACAUCGUUGUCCAAAGGCUCAACCUUCACCGGUGAAGAUGCUCUUCCAGAGACCUCUUUCCCAGCUUUUGCCAGUUUUAAAGAUGUGGUCCCUCAGACCAGUGAGCAAAGGGAAAGUGAAAGCAGGGACUGUAAAGAGCUCACAAGACAGGACCUGCCUGCCGCCGAGUGGAGCCAAGAGGCCGCGUGUCCAAGCCCAGCUUCCAGCGGCACUUCUCACGACACCCCCAAAGAAUGCUCAGAUGACUUUGGAGAGUUUCAAAGUGAAAAGCCCAAAAUUAGCAAAUUUGACUUCUUAGUGGCCAAUUCACAGAGCAAAAUGAAAUCCAGUGAAGAAAUGAUCAAAAGUGAGCUGGCAACCUUUGACCUUUCUGUGCAAGGAUCACACAAGAGGAGUUUGAGCCUUGGCGAUAAAGAAAUAAGCCGUAGUUCUCCUUCUCCGGCUCUGGAGCAGCCUUUCAGGGACCGUUCCAACACUCUGAGUGAGAAGCCCGCUCUGCCUGUCAUCCGUGACAAGUACAAAGAUCUGACAGGAGAGGUGGAGGAGAAUGAGAGAUAUGCCUAUGAAUGGCAGCGAUGCCUGGGGAGCGCCCUAGAAGUCAUUAAGAAAGCAAAUGACACCUUAAAUGGAAUCAGUAGUAGUUCUGUGUGCACAGAAGUUAUCCAGUCAGCUCAAGGCAUGGAAUAUUUAUUAGGUGUUGUGGAGGUGUACAGGGUGACCAAACGUGUGGAGCUGGGGAUCAAAGCCACUGCGGUGUGCAGUGAGAAGCUGCAGCAGUUGCUUAAGGACAUCGAUAAAGUGUGGAAUAACCUGAUCGGCUUCAUGUCGCUCGCCACACUCACGCCCGAUGAAAAUUCACUGGAUUUUUCCUCUUGUAUGCUGCGGCCUGGUAUUAAAAAUGCUCAGGAACUUGCUUGUGGGGUGUGCCUGUUAAACGUGGACUCCAGGAGCCGGAAAGAAGAGAAGCCUGCAGAGGAACAUCCUAAAAAAGCGUUCAACUCGGAGACAGACAGCUUCAAGCUGGCGUACGGAGGACACCAGUAUCACGCCAGCUGUGCCAACUUCUGGAUCAACUGUGUUGAACCCAAACCUCCUGGCCUCAUCCUGCCUGACUUGCUAUGAAAAGCUCCUCUACGAAGUACCAGCUGGGUUUUUUUCUGGGGGGGGCGGGGUUGGGGGGGUCACACCCAUGCGUGACAGGGACCAAUGAACAGAAUGCAAGUACUGCAAAGUUCACCUGUGUUUUAUAUGAAGAAUUCCCCAACGGGUGGGUGUGAAAAAAGCUGCAGUAGUUUUCAGUCAUUCUUACAGGUGACCUUUGUCCCCUGGGUCCCACUGCCAGUCUUUGGGAUUUGUGGUAAAACUGCCCUACCCAAACUGCAUGUAGGACCCAGGGGACAAAGGUCAUCUGUAGUUUGCUAACUUACCUCUAGUUCUCCUAAGGUGUUUUAAAAUAGGGACCACAACUUUCUUUAUCUAAGGAAUAAUUUGCUGCUGCAGUAUUGAAACUGUGAAGAACUGAUAUUUGAAGAAAAUUAAAUUAUUGUUGUAGGAUUGGAAUUGGCUAGAAUGCUGAGCCACUGCUUAUUUAUAUCUAGAACACGUACGUCUUGUGAAGUAGGGUGCACUUAUCCCCAUUUAGUGUGUGCAUAUCUGAAAUGAAUAAAGGAAAAUUGUGAUUAAAAUGUUCUUUUUACAGAAA